AUGCCUACCAUCUCGGUCGACAAGGCCGCGCUCUUCAAGGAGCUCGGUCGAGAGUAUACCACUGAGGAGUUUGAUGAGCUGUGCUUUGAGUUCGGCAUUGAGCUCGACGAAGAUACCACAAAUUCCGAGAGACCGAUCGUGAACGGACAGCAGGAACCUCCCCAGCUUAAGAUUGAAAUCCCCGCCAACCGAUAUGAUCUACUGUGCUUCGAGGGUAUCUCCCUUAUGCUCAACAUCUUCUUGGGCCGAAAGCCUCUCCCCAACUACAAGCUGGUCACACCUGCAAGCGGGGAGCUCCAGACGAUCAUUGUGAAGGAGGAUACUAUGAAAAUUAGACCUCUCGUUGCUGGUGCUAUCCUUCGCAACAUCACCUUUGACCAGGCUCGCUAUGAAUCCUUCAUCGCCCUGCAAGACAAACUCCACCAGAACCUGGCCAGGCAAAGAACCCUGGUGUCCAUUGGUACUCAUGACCUGGAUACCAUCCAGGGUCCUUUCACCUACGAGGCCUUGCCGCCCAAGGAUAUCAGCUUCAUCCCUCUCAACCAGACAAAAAAGAUGAAUGGAGAGGAAUUGAUGGCUUUCUAUGAUAAAGAUAAGCACCUAGGCAAAUAUCUGCACAUCAUUCGAGACUCCCCAGUUUACCCCGUGAUCUACGACGCAAAGAGGACAGUGUGCUCACUUCCACCAAUCAUCAACGGCGAUCACUCCAAGAUUACUCUGAACACCAAGAAUGUGUUCAUUGAAAUCACAGCCCUCGAUAAGACCAAGCUGGAGAUUGUCAACAAGAUCAUGGUUGCCAUGUUUUCUCAGUAUACGUCCGAGCCAUUCACUGUUGAACCUGUUCGAAUUGUUUCCGAUCACAACGGUGAAACCAGAGUAUCCCCAGACAUGGCUCCCCGGACUACUCAGGCCGAGAUCUCUUAUCUCAAUGAAUGCUGUGGCUUGGACCUUUCUGCAGAGAAGAUCUGUGAGCUCCUGACGAAAAUGGCCUACGAGGCAACCCCGUCAACUGCCUCUCCUGAUUUAAUUGACGUGCACAUCCCCCCUACCCGCGCCGAUAUUCUCCAUCAGGCAGAUAUCAUGGAGGAUCUUGCCAUUGCGUAUGGCUUCAACUCACUCCCCCGAUCCUUCCCCAGCAAGUCUGGCACUAUCGCUCAGCCUCUGCCAAUUAACAAGCUUUCUGAUAUCAUUCGAACAGAGGCGGCCAUGGCCGGCUGGUCUGAGGUCCUGCCUCUGAUCCUAUGCUCGCACGACGAGAACUUUGCCUGGCUUAACCGCAAGGACGACGGAAACACCGCCGUCAAGCUGGCUAACCCCAAGACCCUGGAGUUCCAGGUUGUGCGUACCAGCCUCCUUCCCGGUCUUCUCAAGACCAUCCGUGAGAAUAAGCACCACUCGGUGCCCAUGAAGAUCUUCGAGGUCAGCGACGUGGCCUUCAAGGACUUGUCGCUGGAGCGUAAGAGCCGAAAUGAGAGACACUUUGCUGCCGCCUGGUACGGCAAGACCAGCGGUUUCGAGGUCGUUCAUGGUCUCCUCGACCGCAUCAUGUCGAUGCUGAAAAGCGCGUUCAUCACUGGCGAGGAGGGACUCGAAAACCCCGCCGUCAGCGACUCGCACUACUGGAUCGAAGAAUUGAAUGAACCCACUUACUUCCCCGGCCACGCUGCCUCCGUGCACGUCCGUAUCGGUGGAAAGGACGUCGUCAUCGGCGCAUUCGGCAUCCUACACCCUACUGUGCUCGAGAAUUACGAAUUGAAAUACCCCGUCAGCACUUUGGAGAUCAACAUCGAGGCCUUCCUAUAA